GAAGAGCAGUGGCUCUAUUCUGAGCCCAUCCCAGAUGACCUAUAACCUGUAGAACUCAAUUGGGCAACAAAUGAAAUCUUUUAGAGACGGGAAAUAACUGGGCAAACGUGAUUGGACAAGUGUGCACACCCUUCGCUAUAGGAUUGUGACUGUGUUUGCAAUGAAACAAUCAAAUUUCAUCUCAUAUUAAUGGGAGUCAUCACACACCUACCUAACAUUUAUAAUCCCUCUGAUUAACCCAAGGUACUUUUCAGCUGUUGUCCUCGACUUUGCCUGAUUUACUUUUUUGCAUUUUUAGCGAGCAGAAUCCUGCGAUUGGCUGUCCCCCGCCUACUGACCGAAGACAGCUGGGAUAUUUUCAAAAAGCACUUGAAAUCUCUUAAAUUUGUGUUUGAAAACAUGUAAUGGGCCGAUGAAACCGUGGUUGAACUUGGCGUUGGUUGAUGAGAUCCCGCCCACCUGCCUGUUACAGGGUCUGCUAAUGGCUAACAGCUGGUCGCCAAGCUAUCCGCUGGAUAAUCCCACAUCCCGCUGCUGGCCGCUGGCGUUUGUCCAACGGUGGCAACCCGGGGACUAAUUGGAAAAUGGCGUGGCGCCGCGUCAACAAGCCGGACAUCAAAGUGGCUCACCUGCUGAGUGACGCCCUCCCGGCACACAAUCCACAGUGACCGGUGAAUUUGAUUGGCACAUAUGGCGAACACAAGGUUAUUGUGCCACCAUAAUAAUAUGUAUGAAACACCUGAUGGUCACUCUAUUGACUUCUCCACAUGAUACAGAUUAACCCAACAGCCACUAAGCAUGGGAGGAGUCACAUUUACUAUGCGGUGUGAUUAGAAAUUACAUAACUUUCAUCACAACUAAGGAAAGGGACUUUCAUUUUUUCAUAUCAUACUUGGCUUCUCAAUAAUACCUUGAGUCCUCACUUUAUCACCUCUUGAGAUCUUCUCGUGUCCUACUAUCUACUUUACCCAUCUUGUCUUACACUAGUCUCAUAUUGUCCUGCUUUUUUUUUUUUUUGGCUUCAUCUGUCCUCCUUGAUCCUCAUCUCCUCCCCUCAUGUCCUCUUCCUUCUGUCACCAUGUCCGUGUCUCUUAUUUACACUUUCAAUGUCUAAUUUCAUUUCAAUUCUCCUUGAGUCUCCUAGGUUGUUGUCUUCAUCUAAUUUCCCUGUGUCCUACAUGAGCCUCCCCUUCUCUUUGUUUUCCUUCCUUUCUCAUCUCACAUGUCCAAACUUUCCCUCCUUGUGCGGUUGUCUUUGACUUCAUGUGAUAUCAGUGAAUUAUGAACGACUUCUGUUUGUUGCUUUGUGAAAUUGACUGAGAAUGAAUUUACGGGUGUGCGUGCGUGUGUCAUCCAUAGAUGUGCACAUUAAAUUCAAUGUCUUAAAAUCCUUUCAGACAGUACAUUAUUUGGACAUCAGGUCAACUGCUCCUCAGGUGGUUUCCAACCUGCCUUGAGUGACGUCACAACAGUUCAUGAAUGUGAUUGGGUGAGCUGUGAUUAGUUGUCCUGUGUGUGUGUUUUAAGUAGGACUUCUGGAUGUGUGCGUUACUUUUAUUGCGAACAAAGGAUAUUAAGAAGCAAGAACAUUUGACCUCUUCAGCUUCUACUGUGCUAAUAUUUCCCCAUUUUAACAACUUUUUGAAAAACUUUAAACGUUUGGCGGGGCGCGUGCAGGUGGCCAGCAUCCGCGGGGGCGCGUUUCUGCGGGGCACGCAUUGCUCCUGGUCUUUUCCCGUUUCCAUGGAAACCCUAACCACGUUGUCCCCGGCCGCUCAAUGUGACGUCACCAAUAUCGAAGGCAAGCGUCGCAAUUCCUCCUGUACUUGGGGUCAGUCGAAAAAUAAAGACGGGUGCGUGUUUAACAGGUCUCCCCCUGCUGGUGUGCUCCAGUCAGAGCAGCUCUCUCACCUGCAAAGGAACAAAGAGCUGGAGAACAUGCUGCUGCAGCAAGAGGAGGAGCUAAAUCGCCUCCAGGAAGAGAACAACAAACUGCGACAAUUCCUCAACUCGUCUUUCAUCGGGGAAUCGAAAGACAAAGCUAAAAAAUUGAGUGCCAACGGGACCAAGAAUCUGAAUAGGAAGCCACCGUACCACGUUUGCUCUUUCCAAAACUGUACUCGGCGCCACCCUCACAUCAGCAAGCGCGUUUGUCGAAACCUCAGCGCUGAGUUCAGUUCCGCCGAAUCCGGUUCUGCUGACUCCAGUUCCACCUCUUCCGAGCCCACGCUGGAUCUUUGGGUUCUGAGAACUCUUGGUCUGAAAGAUCCGGACACCAUCGACACCUCCUCCUUGCCGGCUGCGUACCAGAAAAACUUAGCAGUCUCACCGGUCGCCCACCAAAUCGAGAGCGACCAGUCAGACUGCAGCUACGGGAGCGUUGAAGGUCUGCAAAGUCAUCAUGCCAUCAUGGCAUCCACUCCAAAUCACAUCAGUCCACCAUCUGGACACCAGUUCUCUGAGGAGACUCACUUAAGCCAAGCUCCUUUCUGCAGUCCAGUCCUGAACUGGUCUUGGACCGCACAGAGUCAGUCACAAGUUGGACAGUCUGUAGCUGGACAUCCGGACUUGGCUUUUUCAAUGUCCUUGAGCCCUGCCAGUAGUGUAAAGACCCUCAGCUACCCUCAGGGGCAGGCUUUUAUUAGGAGGGACCCCCAAGGUCGCUGCAACUUCACUUGGUUGCCCACACACAUCUCCAGAAAACAGGAUCCUGGAGUUGGACUUUAGCAGGGCGCAGAAUCCCAACACCAAACGUUGAAGGCUACGUCUUGAAAGCUGACUCAAAGACUCUCAUUGCUAACUCAGAAUAAGUUUGACUUGUGCCUUUUGUUCUUCGAAGGUCAUCGGCUUCAAGCAUCUUGAUUGCUAAGCUAAUAGCUGCAGUCAACUAACCUGACUAAGUCUUGACAAAAAAGGAACAGCCUGUAAUACUUUGAAAUUGUAAAUUGUAGCAUAUAAUUGUUAGCCCACUGACCACAUUGGAGUGUUUCACUAAAUGUAUUUUGCCUGUUUCCGGGCACUCGAGUUGCGUGUCUCAGUUGCUAAGCUAAUGGCUCCCACAACAGAUUCGUACAUUUGUCACAAGACAGCAAACAAGGGGAAAACCCUCUUUGAUGACAAGUGUGCUUUUUGUCACUUUGAGGCAACCGUAUUCAAGUUUUCCAUUGCUCAAGCUAAUACUGUAGCUCCAGUGAACUAAACCAACACAAAUGACGAGUUGAUUUGCUGAGUUCAUUUUGAAUUUGAAAUUCUACCACCACGAUAGGGAACUUCACCAAAUGUUUUUGUCCCUUUGGUGCCACUGUUGUUGUGUGUCUCUAACCUAAAGCAAAACUAAUACCACCAGGGUCGCCUCUGUUGUCACUGGACAACGAGCCACGGAAAACCGCCUUUGAUGACCCGCGCGUAAGGGGGUACUCUACUAAAUUAGAUCAAGUUGACUUGUGCCUGUUGCAUACACAGGUGUCCAGGUUGUUAAACUUAUUUUUAUCUCUAAACAUGACGAGAAAUUUAAUUCUAAACACCACUGAUGGCCUUUACUCAACUCAACUCAACUGUAUUCCUAGAGCACUUUAAA